GAGUGCGCCGCCGAGUCUAAAUUACCGAAGGUUAGUCAUGGAAUAAAGUAUAGACGCGUGCGGCAAAACUCAACAAUGGGUCUCAUUGAAAAACCGUCAAGUUCCACUGUCAACGUGGGAAUAAAUGUAAUAACCAUAUGGAAUCUAGUGUUACGGGUGUUGCAAGCGGAGGCCACCUCGCGGCCUCACCUCCUUGUCUCGCUUAUAAUAUGGCGCUCCCCUUUUUUUUUCUCUUCGUCUUCUUCUUCUGCUUUUGCUACCUCACGGUCCUCCUCCUACUAUUUACUCCCCCUCGUGUUGUAUUAUAACAUUGUCUAGAAACGACAACUCAGGUGUCUCCCCACUCUCUGUCUUUCUUUCUAUGGAUGACCUCUUGUGUCGUUCGACACUCUGCGAGCAUAGGGAUAAAUGUAUACGUACUGACCUAUGAAGCUUUUAGUACAAUUCCAAAGAGCUAAGCGCGUUCAAGUGGUGAAUAUAGGCGGGAAUUUAUCGAUUAUACAAUUAUUGUCGAAAAUUGGAAUUUUUCUUUUAGUAUUGUUCGAUUUUCUGUUUUUGGUUGGAUUUUAGUAUUUUUUUUUAGGGCAGGUGUUAACUUUAGGGAUAUAUAUAGUCAUUUCAUUGUUUUCCCUUGUUUCGAAAGGGUGGUUGCGGUGCUCAUGGAGGUGCUCCACCGGCCGGUCUUCGUGGUCGUUCUCGAUCCUCGAAGACAAUUUAUGGGAGUUCUUCUAUUGUUUCUAAUUUCCUGUGUAUCGAGUCAACUAGACCUACCUCCCAUACAAAAUGACAGAUCUAACCAAGAAAGAUAUAAUCAAGACAGAUAUAAUGCAGACGGAUAUAAUCAGGAUAGGUACAAUCAAGAUAGAUACAAUCAAGAUAAUAGAUUUAAUCAAGACAGGUAUGGUCCCGAUCGAGGACAAUUUACAACGAGGGAAACUGAUUUUCGAAAUAUUUUGGCGAAAUUAGAUUUCACUGGCACUGAAAGAUGUAGUGCUAACGUUGGUGCACAAUGGAAUUACGAGACGAAUGUCAACGAAUACACGCAAAUUCAAGCGUUGGAAGCUCAACACUUGUAUGAGGAUUUUCAAUAUCAAGCGUGGCAUUUAAUAAACAGAAUAGAUCGACGAAAUAUUCGUGAUCCGGCAAUUGAGAGACGUCUCAGGUACUUAUCUGUUGUUGGACAUGGUGCUUUUACACCAGAUCAAUCGGAUCGAUACAAACGAGUUUUGAACGAUAUGUUACUAAUUUACAACAGUGCAUCAAUAUGCGCUUACAACGACCCAUUCCAUUGUGGAUUACGGCUAUAUCCAGAAAUAUCACAUAUUAUGGCCAAAAGUCGUAAUUGGGACGAACUGCAAUACGUGUGGCUCGAAUGGAGGAGACGUAGUGGAGUAAAAAUGAAGGAUCUUUAUCAGCAAUUGGUCCAACUGAACAAUGAUGCUGCGCAAUUAAACAAUUUUACGAAUGCCGCUGAAUUAUGGAUGUUCCCAUACGAGACGUUUAAAUUUGAUCAGGAAAUUGAUCAAGUGUGGGAAAGCAUUAGUCCUCUUUAUGAAGAAUUACACGCUUACAUUAGGAGAAAACUACGUGAUCUUUAUGGACCAGAAAAAAUCAGUGGUCACGCACCCCUACCAUCUCACAUUCUCGGUAACAUGUGGGGUCAAUCCUGGUCGAAUAUCGUUGAUCUAACCAUGCCAUAUCCUGGAAAAAGUUAUUUGGACGCCACACCGGAAAUGCUUGCCAGAGGAUACACGCCCAUUGAUAUGUUCAGAAUUGGAGAGGAUUUCUUCCUCUCCAUGAAUAUGAGUGCAAUGCCACCAGAAUUCUGGUCCGGAAGUAUUCUGGUCGAUCCUGGUGACAGGUCAAUUAUUUGUCAAGCCUCCGCCUGGGACUUCUGCAAUCGAAUUGAUUACAGAAUCAAGAUGUGUACUAAGGUCACAAUGAAGGAUUUGAUUACGAUACACCAUGAGAUGGCCCAUAUUCAGUACUUUCUACGCUACAGUCAUCUUCCUCGUGAGUUCCGUGACGGAGCGAAUCCAGGUUUUCAUGAGGCUAUUGGUGAGGCUAUUGCUUUGAGUGUCUCGACACCGCAUCAUAUGCAAACAUUGGGAUUAGCCAAUAAAUACAUUGAUGACAGUGAGGCGGAUUUGAAUUAUCUAUUCUCUAUGGCAAUGGAGAAAAUUGUACCUCUGCCAUUUAGUAUUGCAAUGGAUAAAUGGCGAUGGGACACAUUCACUGGGACAUCAUAUCGUAAUAAUUUCAACUGCCAUUGGCAUCGACUCAGAGAACAAUAUAUGGGAGUGAAACCGCCUGUUCUACGUUCGGAGAAUGAUUUUGAUCCUGGUUCCAAGUAUCAUAUACCGGCCAAUAUUCCCUACAUUCGAAAUUUUGUGGCUGGAGUUUUGCAGUUCCAGAUUUAUCAAUCGCUCUGUCAAGCUGCAGGUCAAGCGUUUAACAACGAUCCCAGAAAACCACUUCACAGAUGUGAUUUCUACAAGAGUCAGGAAGCUGGACGAAUGUUGGGAAAAUUAAUGGAAACGGGCUCUUCAGUUCCAUGGCAGAAGACUUUGGAAGACGCUACAGGACAUGUACGAUUGGAUGGCGAGGCAGUGAGGGAAUAUUUCAGACCACUCGAAGAAUGGCUUAGAUCCGAAAAUUUAAGAACUGGAGAACUCGUUGGAUGGACUUAUGACGGUGACUACUGCAAGCUCAGCAUAGAAACUGCAGGUCUCGAGGUAUCAGGUAGUGGCUAUUAUUUCGGCUCCGCAACUUCCAUCAGAAGUGAAAAUAUUCUAACCACCUUGUUAUUCAGUAUCCUCAUUGCAUCACGACUGCUCUAAAGGGAAUAUAACAACAACAAAAAAUAAAAAAAAUCAAAGCCAAAAAUACAAAAAAAAAAAAAAAAAUGGGGAAAAAGAUGACAAAUCCCGUUUACUUUGAAAUAAAUAUGAAACAGUACAAAAAAAACAAAGAAAAAUAACAAAAAGUUAACGGCUAGUCCCGUUUACUUUGAAAUAAAUAAAUACAAAAAAAAAUAUUAAACAAAAAAGAUUA